AUGAGUAAAUAUACAGGAAUAGGUAUUGGAAUAGAUUUAGGUACAACAUAUUCAUGUGUUGGUAUUUGGGAAAAUGAUCGAGUAGAAAUUAUAGCAAAUGAUCAAGGAAAUAGAACAACACCAUCAUAUGUUGCAUUUACUGAUACAGAAAGACUUAUUGGAGAUGCAGCAAAGAAUCAAAUUGGAAUGAAUGUUAAGAAUACAGUAUUUGAUGCGAAAAGAAUGAUAGGAAGAAGAUUUAGUGAACCAAGUAUUCAAAAAGAUAUGAAACAUUGGUCAUUUAAAGUAGUUGAUGAUGGACAUGAUAAACCAAUAAUUGAAGUAGAAUAUAAAGGAGAAAUUAAAAGAUUUACACCAGAAGAAAUAUCAUCAAUGGUAUUAACUAAAAUGAAAGAAACAGCAGAAACAUUUAUUGGAAAAGAAGUAAAGAUGCAGUUAUUACAUGUCCAGCAUAUUUUAAUGAUUCACAAAGACAGCUACUAA